AUGCCCAUAACAUUUAAUGAAGCGCUAACUAAGCUACUCAACUCUGAAGCGACAACAGAUCAAUGGCAAGUGAAACAAUACUUGCAAAAAAUACGCUCACAUACGGCAAAACAUGGUGUUUCAUCUAAUCAAAUACUUCUCUUAAUUCGUUAUGUCUGUCAAACCACUGUUAUUUCCGAAGAUGUUAAAUUAGAUAUAAUUGGUAAUUGCCUAAUACCAAAUGACUAUAUGAAUUAUGAUAUUAUUGAGGAAAUUCUUUCCCAUUUGGGUUCUCCUACCAUAUUUUCGCCACACAAAAUACGGCCAUCUAAAAAUGUUCAGAUCUCCUUAUGCAGAUGGCUGGUUCAUGUGUUUCUUCUCUUACCAAAAACAGCCAAUGACGAGUGCUUAUCGACUUUAAUUCACCUUUGGAAGUUCGAUUAUAUUCAAACGUGGAUAUCGUAUCUUAUAAUAUGGUAUACUGAGCGUUCAAAACAAAUUAAACAAUGGAGGAUAAAACUACUGGUCAAAACUGCAAAGAAACCAGGUUAUACCAACGCCGCAGCAAACGCUUCUCUGAUUUUGAAAAGGUAUAUGAGCAUUGUGGGGACAUCGGAGAAAAUUUCACGUUUAAUAUCUCAGCUAACUUAUAAAACAGAAGAUUUGAAGUCUUUACAAAAUCUGCAAUUUGACAAGGUAUUCAUAGGCAAACUAGAAAAGGUGCUAAUACAAGAAGCACCAAAUAGAUUUUCAAAAUAUAUCAUAGAAGACAAGCUAGAGUUGUUUAUUGCACAAUUGCGAGAUUCUGACAUCGACCCAAGAAAGCUGAACUUUAGAUCUAACGUACCUGAAGAUACCUCAAAUCUUUACAAUAUUUAUACGCUUCAUCAAUUAUAUCAAAAUUGGUCUGAUAUCAGGCUGCCUAAAAAUGUAGAACCAUUAUUUCCUCUAUCAAGACAUAACAUAAUUCAAUUCUAUCCUUUGGCAUUAUACAGGGAAAACUUGAGCAGCGGAAAUAAAAAUUUUGAGGAAUUUUGGUCUCAGAUGUACAACUGGCUCCUGAUUAAUCUCCGAAAUUGUUUCCAAAAGAAGCUGACAACAUCAACAGAAAGAAAUAUUUUAUUCUAUAACAUUAUUAAGAACUGUCAAGUGUUUAGCGUAUUUGUUCCCAGAAUAUUGAAUGAUUUCCUCACCUUAGAAAAUUUCCUCGCUGACACAAACCUAUUCGUUGCUUUAUGUGAAAGGCUUUUCCCUUUGGUCAUACCACCAAACGAUCUACCAGAUUUCAGAAACAGGUUACUGAAAAUUUUAGCGAUAUGUCACCUCAGUAAAACAGCAAAGGGAGAUCAAUCUUUUUGCUCGAAUACGAGGACAUUUCCUGCUGUUUGCCAUUCAAUGAUAAGGAUGUUUGAAAAUUGGAUAACCCAGUAUGCUGAUAGGACUGAUAUUAUAGAAUUUUCGUUGGACCUAUUGAACGAUCUACGUAAGCUCUUACUAGCGAAUUUAAAACAUUCGCAGGACGAUAGAAAUGUCUCCAUUUGUCUAAUGAUUUUAUUGAACGUUCUCUCAUCUGUUUCGUACAAGCAUGAAAGAGAUACCACCGCAUAUUCCAACUUUUUGGAGAAACUAAUUUUGAAGAAUUAUACCGUAAAUAAGUUGAUUACUUUCGACGAUCCAAUUUUAAUGGAUGCCUGUUGUAAGUAUCUUAUUGGCAUUAAAAAUUUGCUGCUCGAUAGGCCUGCGACGGAUAUAUACGUUCAAUUACAAAAUCAAUAUAUCAUGGACACCACCAACUAUCUUUGGAGAAACAAGAUUAUUAGUUCAAGAAAAUUUUUCAACAUUCCUUCUGAUUUCAUAAAGGCUUUCUCUGAAAAUCUACUCUCUCAAACACCUAAUUUGAAACCAAAAUCCAUAUAUUCAAUCACGGGUAUUUCAGCUUUCUCGUAUGUGACACUAGUUGCCGAACGAACUUUAGAAGAAAGGUACCACACAAAUAUACAAUAUCAUGAGCUACUUACUGAGGAGGGAUUCAAAAGGUUUUCAGAAUUGAUUGCAGAACGGGCUGAUGGUACUUCAAACGUAUGGAUUCCAAAUGUUGAAACGUUCACAGAUUUGAAAACUGAGCUGGUGAAACAACUCAAAAAAAUGGCUCCCUAUGGUAAUACUGCAUUGUUUCUAUUUACAUAUCUCAAGAGCUUAUCAAAAUAUAAAGAUAGCUCGUAA